CUUGGCUUUUUAUUCAAUAACGUCUUGUGAAUCGUCAAACCAGGAGUCUUCGCCAUAUAUUACGGGCUUUUAGUCUGAAACCAUUUAAUUGUCAGGGGUAAGGAAGAACGGAUACAGCGGGAAUAAAAAAGAAAAAGAAAGGAAAGGAAAGGAAAGAAAAGCAAUAGUUCAAGGUCGGAGAAACACCCAGGCCGCGAUGAAUAGGCCACCACAAGGUCGUGGUCAGCCACGGCUGGGUGCGACAUGGUAUCCAGGGGGCCAGGACGAUUUUUACAUGCCAGAAGUCAUAUCCCCUUCUCCUCAAAGAGUCAUGCCCGAGGUACCGGAGAAUAUGCAGGACAACAUAGCUCAUCUCGAGCACGAAGCUCGAAACCCCCACCACAACCAGUAUGAGCGAUCUCGCUUCCCCGAGCGAACCUCGUCCGCCGUUGCCCAAGACCAACCUUACCCGUCGGCCUACAAUCCCGCCCAUCACGAGCAGCAGAACGCCGCUCACGAUACCAUGGAUGCACCUAAUUUCUCCCCAUUUCCUGUCCUGCGGAAUCCCCCGCCAAACGUCCCUCCGACUGAUGAGCAGAGGGAAGCCAAUCUGAAGCGAGCCCGAAUGGCGGUGCUCUCCUCAAAUGAUCCGGAGAUGCAGCUGGCCUGGGCUCAAGACGCGCUCGCUUUUGUCGAGGUCGCUAUGCAGAAUGAGGCCCGUUUGUCCCUGAUCCAGCCCCCGCGACCACAGACGCCUCCGGUGGAGCGCCAGCUCAAACUUGACGCGAUGAAUAUCGUGAACUUCCUCGCUGAGCAACAUCACCCCAAGGCCGAGUUUAUCAAGGGCAUGUGGCUUGAGUUUGGCAAGUUUGGAUAUCGGGUGGAUAAAAAGGAGGCUUUCCGAUCCUACUCGAGAGCUGCGGACAAAGGAUAUGCCAGAGCCGAGUAUCGGAUUGGCAUGCAGUUUGAAAGUUCUGGUGAGCCGGAGAAAGCCAUUAGGCAUUAUGAGAAGGGUGUUGCCCUCGCAGACUCCGCUUCAUUCUAUCGCCUGGGAAUGAUGAUUCUUUUGGGUCAGCAUGGUCAGCGUCAGGAUUACCAGAUGGGACUGGAAUAUAUUAGCCUCGCAGCCCAGUCCUGCGACGAGAAUGCCCCUCAGGGAGCCUAUGUCUAUGGCAUGCUGCUGGCCCGCGAGUUGCCGCAGGUCAAUGUUCCCGAGAGUUACCUUCCCCUUGAUCUCAAUGCCUCCCGCGUCAACAUAGAAAAGGCUGCGUAUCACGGCUUUGCAAAAGCACAAGUCAAGAUGGGUGCGGCCUAUGAGCUGUGCCAACUCGGCUGCGACUUCAAUCCUGCCUUGUCUCUGCAUUACAACGCGUUGGCUGCACGUCAAGGUGAACCAGAAGCAGAGAUGGCUAUCAGCAAAUGGUUCCUUUGUGGGCACGAAGGUGUCUUCGACAAGAAUGACGAAUUGGCGUUCACUUACGCUCAACGGGCCGCUCAAAGCGGGUUUCCCACCGCCGAAUUCGCCUUGGGAUACUUCUACGAGGUAGGAAUCUUUGUUCCGGUGGACAUCAAAGAAGCUAGAAGCUGGUAUGCCAAAGCUGCCGCCAAUGGGAAUAAAGACGCGACCGGUCGCAUCGACAGCAUCUCUCGCUCCAAGACCUUGUCCAGAAAGGAUCACGAACAAGUGGCGAUCGCCCGAAUCAAGUCGCGCUACGGAUCCGGUCAACGAGGACCUCCGAUGAAACCGACUCCGGAGAACAUCGAAAUGCCUGAUCCGUCCAGGAUGACUCUCUCGGAUAAUCCAUCGGCCGCUGCUCCCUAUCCUGACAGGCCUUCGUCCCGGGCCCGACCUGUGUAUCCACCAGGGUAUGGAAUGCCUGACCCACGUCCUAGUUCUGCCUUUGGGAUCAAUCCGAACAUUCGCAACACUGCUCCCACUUAUAACCGUGCAGCGUCUUAUGGGCCGGGACCGAUGGGCUACCGGACUCCAGGACCCAGUACUCCCUCCACUGCCAGCCCUACCAGCCCAGCACCCACUACUCCCAAGCUUGAUAUUGGCUAUUCGGCACCACUCGAAAACCCCAACGCAGAUGCCCGCAGACGUCCCCAGCGGCUUGACAACAUGCCUCCAGACCGCAGACCCGUAAGGGCCCCAGCCUCUCCUCAUGCGCAAGGUGGCCCAACGGGUUCCCCUCGGCCAGCUGUUUCGCCUUCCACCACAACAUUCCCCCCACGUACGGAGUCCAUACCGUCAUCAAAUGCUUCAUCAAUACCCAAGCCUCCACUGUCUUCGUCCACGCCCAAGCCAUCUUCAGCCGCAUCCACGCCCAAGCCGACCCCACCGACGUCUAGUGCUGCCGGUCAGAAACCUGCUGCUGCUGCAUCCGCCAAGCCGCAAUCUGGUCUCCCGGGUAAAGGCCCCAAGACCUUCGAGGAAAUGGGGGUUCCAGCUGUACAGAAAGACAAUGAUUGCAUUGUCAUGUGAGAUACCCCUACACCAACUCUCCCGUAAUCGUCUAUUCGCUGUGCUAUAUCUGGAAAAUCUUACCAAGAGUCUUGUUGACUUUCUUCGCCUUGCGACAUGCAAUUAAGUUCAAGUAGCGUGAUAAUAAGGGCCAUGAAGAGGCAGCGUACAAACCUAGUCUUGAAUAGGAGCAAUAUAUGUUCUUUGGG